AGCCUCCUAAAAUAAUUACAGUAAGAGGCUAUAUGCACGCAUACACCAUAGCCUCCUAAAAUAAUUACAGUAGGAGGCUAUAUGCACGCAUGUAGUAAUAUUGUUCUAAAUACACGUAUGUAAGACAUUGUUGCACACGGUGUUAACUACAACAGUUUAUUCGACCAACAACCCAAAGGCACACAUCAUGUUCCUACACGUUAGUAUUAGUAACUAUUGUGUCUCGGAUUUAUAAUUGAGCACUAUAUGCAGCACGUACGUGCAUAGCAUGUGUGAUGCAACCAACAGGAUCAGGGUGCACUACUCUACACAGCCACAGCUUGGUCUCCAAGCGCAUGCGUUCACACAGACACAGACCCAAUCCACACAGAUACCUAAACCGAAGUUUGGCAUCAGUAUACUAAAACUUGACAACUAUCUCACCGCCCCCGUGGAAGGCCUGGACGACUGUUUGCUCGAACCUGGCUCUCAGUCGAACUACAGUGAGGUUCCCGUGACCCGGGUGUUUGGAUCGACCCCAGCCAAUCAGAAGUGCUGCUUACAUGUGCACGGUACACUUGCAGAUGCCAGACAUGAACUUGAGCAUAGCUACUAAGAAUCUGACUGAAUUCUAUAACAUACGCCGUCGAGUCAACACCCUUAAAUCAUGAAGACACAGCCCCUCAAGCAACAAAUCGCAUGGCCCCGUGAACCACGAACUAAGAAGUAUACCAUAAAGGGACAGUAUCUAUAGUAAAUUUAUUAUCAUCGAUAGUGACCCAACUCACGCAGUGCGUACUUAAAGAGCCUCAAUCUUUCCAGUGAGAACCUUCUCCAGAGCAAGAGUGUCCUUUGCAAAGCCUCUGAUACCCUCAGCCAGCUUCUCAGUGGCCAUGGCAUCUUCGUUGAAAGCGUAUCGGAAUUGCGCCUCGUUGAAAGACACCUUGGGGAUAUUUAACUCUUGCGCCUUCUCUACAGAAAGCACUUCGGGAACCUCGUCCUGAAAUAGGCAAAAUUACGAGAGCAGAGAAAUGAGCC